CAGCAAACGUUUCGAUAUCUUAGUCCAGUGAGCAAACAUGGCUGCCUUAAGAAGAGCACGUUGGGAACUACCGUGCAAGGUCGUUGGGCAGCAGUGGACUAACUUAUCGUCUUGUGGCCUGCAUACCAGAAACAUAUUAGUAUCCAUAAAAUAUACAGGAUGCGGUUGCAAAUUUCAGGGCUUCUUUUUGGGAGCAGGGCAACGGUUGCCACGUUUCCUUUGUGCAUCAGAUGUGCGGUAUGUGCACACUUCUUCUACCAAUAACAAACGAGACUACUAUGAGGUUCUAGGUGUCUCAAAGAAUGCUGAUCAAGCUGCUAUUAAGAAAGCAUAUUACAAACUUGCAAAGCAGUUUCAUCCAGAUAUGAAUAAAAAUGAUCCUAAUGCAGCAAAGAAAUUUCAGGAGGUGUCAGAAGCUUAUGAGGUUUUAAGUGAUGACAGCAGGAGACAGGAAUAUGACACAUUUGGCAUGUCUGGAGCUAAUGCUAGUGCUGGUGCUGGAGCACAAGGAAGAGGAGGAUUUCAGCAAGGCUUUCAAGGCUUUGAACAUUUUCAUGGCACCAUAGAUCCAGAGGAGCUCUUUCGCAGAAUAUUUGGAGAUGCUGGAAUGGGGGGUAUGGGUGGCAUGGGUGGCUUUGGGAAUUUCAGAGAUUUUGAGGAAAGCAAGUUUGGUUUUGCACCUGCAUCAGAGAUGAUGAUGGAUCUGACCUUCCAAGAAGCUGCACGGGGUGUAAACAAGGAGGUUCACAUUAAUGUGAAGGACACAUGUCCCAAAUGUCAAGGCAACAAGGCAGAGCCUGGCACAAAGGCUGUGAAAUGCCAUCAGUGCAAUGGCACUGGCAUGGAAACAAUCAGCACCGGUCCAUUUGUGAUGCGGUCAACAUGCCGUGCAUGUGGUGGUGCACGUAUGAUAAUUAAAACUCCCUGUACUGAGUGUGCAGGCAAGGGCAAAAUAAUUUUGAAGAAGAAGGUGGUGGUUCCUGUCCCAGCAGGUGUUGAGGAUGGUCAGACAGUGCGCAUGCCUGUGGGUAAUCAGGAGGUGUUUAUAACAUUCAAGGUGGCCAAAAGUCGACAUUUUCGGCGAGAUGGUGCAGACAUCCACAGUGAUGCUCUAAUUACCCUUAGUCAAGCAAUUCUAGGUGGCACCAUUCGCAUUCCUGGUAUUCAUGGAGAUAUUUUGUUAACAAUACCACCAGGUACCCAGUCACAUGAUCGAAUUCGGCUCCAAGGAAAAGGAAUCACACGAGUUAAUAGUUAUGGUUAUGGUGAUCAUUAUGUUCACAUAAAAAUCAAAGUUCCCGUAAAAUUGACUCCAGAGCAGAAGGCGCUCAUUUUAGCAUUUGCAGAAACAGACACCUUAGUUGAUGGGACAGUAAAUGGGGUGACACAAACUCAGGCAGGGCAACGUGUGAUAAACGAUGAAUAUGGUUAUGUGGAGCAGAUAAGGAGGGCAUUCAUGCAGAACUCAUCUUCAUCCAAUCGAAAAGACAGAAACAGUGUAGAUAAUUCUGAGACUGAUGAUGAUAUGAGGUCACACAGUGCAGAAGCCAACAAAACAAGAUCCAGUUGAUACAGCAAAUAAUGGCAUAAAACGGCUUGGGAAUAAGUGAAGUGUUAUGGGGAUGUUUUACUGAUUGUAUUUUUUCAAUAAGGUCAUAGUACAUCUUUGUAAAAUACUUAUUUGAUAUAGCAUUUAUCAUGCGAGAUUUAGGCUGGUGAUAUUUUCUAUAAAUGGGAAUAGAAUAACCCAGCAAACAUUUGCACGAGACCAUUUAUGUGUGCAUGCAAGAAUUUACAUGUACAGGAAAGUAUGUGAAUGUAAGAACUUCUGGCUAUGAAUCAAUGCUGGAACAUCUGUAGUUGUGGAUACAAUGGUUUCUUGUACAGCACAUUGCUCAUAAAGCUUGAAAUAAACAGCAAAAGACAUCUAGAAUGUGUGAAAGCAAAUUUCAGAAUUGGCUUUUUUUUUUGUUAAUUUUAGCAUGCUGGUUGAAUUUUUUUUUAUAGUCAUUUCCAUUUUUUUUUUAUUUUCACUAUUCUAGCACUAAAGCAUAUGUCAGGAUUACUUGGAACAGAGCUGUUCCGUGAUGGAAAGGCUGAAUUUAGGAUAUACAUAAAGGGAAAGCGAUGGGGGGAGGAACUAUGUUAUAGCAAAAUUGUUGAACAUGAUUGAUGAGAUGGAACUGCACAAUACAUGUAUGUUAAAACUGGAUUGAUCAAAUUUCAGAUUUGUUGCAGAUCUUGCAAUUUCUGUGUAAAAAGAUGAAACAAUAAAAGUUUGGUUAAUCAGUUUUUGUCAGAUAUUAAUUUAGCGAGCUAAUAACAUUUUAUUACAUAGUACUUAUCGUGGUUCAGGAUGCGUAGCAUUUAUACUAAAGCUAUUUUUCAUUGUCACAAAUUUUAAAAUUCCAUUAUUUUUAUUUUAUGGAUUAAAACAUUUUAUACUGUUGCAGUUUCAUCGAGAUAAUCUGGAAAUAAUGCACAUUUUUUUGUGAACCUUUACUUGCCAUUGUAGAUCAUCCCCCAACCUUGGAUACUUUGGUAAUGGGAAAUACAACAUUUGAAGUCUUUAUUUCACCUGUCAGGUCCGUUGUACAGUGAUGAAGUGGUUGACCAUCUGGUAUGAUGCCAUUUCCUGAAGGUUUACAAGACUUGUAGACAUACAUUCUUGUUGUGGGACUUGUUGAGUUGGUGGUGCAUAUGUCAAGAUGGAAGUUCUGGCUGCUGCAUGUUUUCACUAGCACAGGAUCUGUUGCCCUCAAAUUGUAUAUUUCUCAGGUUAUAAAAAAGAUAGGUAUUUGUGCCUGAUGAAUAUGUGAAAAUAAAUACAAGCAUUUCAAA